AUGCAAAAGAAGGGACUUGAGGAGACGAUGCAUCAAUUGUCAAACACCUUGCAGCAUUUUAUGCAAGGUCAAGCAACAAUCAACAAUCAAAACUCUCAAGCGAUAAAUGACAUUCGGAGCACACUUACAAAGAUGACUACGGCAUGGAGCUCUCAAGAGAAAGGAAAACUUCCUGCACAACCUCAACCCAAUCCACAAAGUCAGCCACCACAAGGAGCGGUUGAGAGUUCAAAUGUGAGGCAAGUGAAGGCGGUCACUACUUUGAGAAAUGGUAGGGUGGUGAACAUUCCAACUCAAGGUUCAGACAAGGCUGGUAAGGUCUCUAAACUUGUACCAAAUGAGGCUGAAAAUGGUGAGUUUGAACAAAAUGAAACUGAAACUGAAAAGAUUUCAUGUCCUGUACCUGCUCCUUUUCCUCAAAGAUUGGUUCCUCUGCACAAAGACAAACACCAAUCUGAAAUUUUAGAAAUAUUCAAGCAUGUUAGGAUUAAUAUCCCUUUGUUGGAUGCUAUUCAACAAAUUCCUACAUAUGCUAAGUUUCUAAAAGAUUUGUGUACGGUUAAAAGAAAAUUAAAUGUGCAAAAGAAAGAUUUUCUCACUGAGCAGGUCAGUGCCAUAAUUCAGAGCAAUACCCCACCAAAAUAUAAAGACCCCCGGUUCACCAACAAUUGCUUGUGUUAUAGGAAGUUCAAAAAUUGGUCAAGCAUUGUUAGAUCUAGGUUCAAGUGUGAAUUUACUGCCUUAUAAUGUUUAUGAGCAACUUGGUUUGGGGGAAUUAAAACCAACUCCCAUCAUUUUACAACUAGCGGAUAGGUCUAUUAAAAUGCCAAGAGGAGUUGUUGAGGAUGUCUUGGUUCAAGUGGAUAAAUUCUUUUAUCCCGUUGACUUUGUUGUGUUGGAUGUUCACUUGACACCAAAAUCUUCUUUUCAAGCACCUGUGAUACUUGGGAGACCUUUUCUUGCUACUUCAAAUGCAUUAAUAAAUUGUAGGAGUGGUGUUUUAAAGCUGAGUUUUGGGAACAUGACCCUUGAACUAAACAUUUUCAAUAUUUGUAGGCAACCUCAAGACUUGGAAGAUGUACAAGAAGUGAAUUUGUUGGAAAGCAUCCUUGAGGAGGAGAUUUUUUUG